CUCUGUUGUGUGUACAUUGCAGCUUUACUCUCCGGCUACUCGACUGCAAAAUAUGGAUAUUUAGGGUACUUGGUUUUGUUCAUCCAAAGGCAAGGAAAGCUCGGCCUCAGAACUUCAGUGAUCUUUGCUAAUUUCCAAAAAGGAUUAGGAGCAGUUUUUCGCGUUUUUUUGGUAUACAUGGCAAAAUUCCGCAUGGGUCUCGCCAGAAUGACUCUCUACACCUUUGCAACUUUCAUCUCUGGUUCUCAGCUAUUGUGGGUUAGUCCAUCCAAGAGGAGCUACCGUCGGCUUUUUCUUGUUGCACAGCUAUCAAUGCUGGGAGCGGGUUACGCUGGAGAAGGUCCUGCAAGUAAUGUUUUCCAGAGUCAGCUUGCAAAAGCCGAGAAAAAGUUACUGAAAAAGCCAGUGAACAAUCACCGGUCAACAAUAACAAAUGAUAGAGUUACACCUGAUCCGAUUAAUAUUUGCGAAGUGGGAACAGAUGGUAGAGUUACAACUUAUCCGAUUAAUAUUUGCGAAGAGGGAACCAAUGGAACAAUAACCAGGCCAGGAUGUACAUGUUAUCGUCCGGAUGAUUGGUUGGUUGGGUGUAUAGGACCAGCUGCAACUGCAAGAGAAAGUUGUGUAUGCUCUUUUUGGCGUGAACAAUACAAUUGGAAACCAGAUAUGUGUCCGAUUCUGAAGGAGGGAGUCCGAGAAGGAUUACGCACAUGUUGCUAUCCGGAGUUAAGCUGUACAGAGACGGAGAAUAGCCGCAGGAACUCAUCAGAAAACAAUCCCGACCAAAAGUCGGAGACGAACCCUCCAAAGGAGAAUGAGAUGGAUACUGUGCCAAUACAGCCACAGCAGGAAAAUACAAGAAAAAUGAGGAAUCGUAUAAGAAAAAAGUUAUUUGCUGCUAAACUUCCAGGGACAAUAUUGGGUACAGUGCUUGCAGCAGUGUUUUCUACCGAAGUUUGCAUCAAGAUUUCAACAGCAGUGACGAUUAUUUGUUAUAAUUUGUUCUUCUGGAUGGGUGCUCAAUGUUACGACCUUGGUGAAAUGGAGAAUUAUGCUAUAACGGGUGAAAACAAAUAUGGUGAAAUGGAGAAACGUGAUAAAAAGGAUGAAGAGAAAAUUGAUGGAAAGGAUGAAAAGCAAAAUCUGCUGGAUGCUUUAGUUCCAGAGUUAAAGAAAGCAGUAGAAGCGGUUCGAAAACUAUUACCUUUAUGGCUAACAUUCGCAUCUACAUGUUAUCUGGUUAAUGCAACAGCUGAUUCUUUAUUCAUGGAACAAGUUGAUUAUCUAGAGAACAACACCGAAGGCUUCAAGAUUCCUAAAUCCGUUUUCUAUUCCUUUCCGGAUGUUGUCUCCAUCAUAACCGGGCAGGUGAGCUAUUAUCUAGUCGAGCAGUUCUAUGAUGAAAAGAAAGAAGCGCGCUGAGCUAGGCUCCUCAGAAUCAGCAUUGGUAUGCUUUUUUCCUCUUUGUGUUUUUUGGUAAAGUGUAAAUUUUAUUAUCAAAACUUCUACCAUACACAAAGCAGCUCUUUAUAAUACAGGCUGCUACCAAUA